UUUUCAUCGGACAAAGGAGGAGGAGCAGGAGGAAGAGAAGCUGCACAAUGUGCAAAGGUGAAAAAAUUCGAUUCCUGUUCACUGGAUCCCUGCAUGCUGGAUCCAUGCAAACCAGAACCAACGGUUGUGAUUAUCGGAGGAGGAAUGGCCGGUCUUUCGGCUGCACAUCGAUUAGCUCAAUGUGGAUUGCAAAAUUUCACUGUUCUUGAAGCUACAGACCGGCCAGGAGGAAGAAUACAUUCGUGUUGGCUGGGGGACGUUGUGGCUGAAAUGGGAGCAACGUGGAUUGAAGGUGGAUGCGUGGCAAAUCCCGUUUUCUCCCUAGCGGCACAAGAGGGUCUUUUGAAGCCACCGCUCUUCCGUCCGGACGCGAGUCGAGGACUUUUCUGCACCACCGAUGGUCGAGCAAUUGAUCUUCCAGUUAGCAUCACCGCCUACCACACAUUCAAGCAAAUAGAACAGCAAGCGGCAGCAUUAUUUUCCAUUGGAUGUGGUAAGGGUCAUGGGUCGCUUUUGAAUUUCAUGGGUGUGCGAAUUCAACAGGAGCUUCACAAUUUUCCUGAAGAACAAAGAUACGACGCAGCCCGUGUUAUGUACGGCUUGACAAAUUGCGUGCGCUGUCGAUGUGGCGAUGAUCUGUCACUAGUGUCAGCGGACAAUUUUGGCAGUUACAUUGAAAUUCCCGGCGGCAAUGUGAGAGUUCCCUUGGGCUAUGUGGGCGUUCUGGCCCCAUUGCUCAGGGAUCUGCCAAGUUGUGCAAUAAAGUACUGCAAACCAGUGAGUUGCAUUAGAUGGGGCGCUGUCAAUGAUUCCUGUCCAAGGGCAGUGGUUAAGACAUGUGACGGCGAGGAAUUUCCCGCCGAUUAUGUUAUUGUCACAGUGUCGCUCGGCGUUCUCAAGCAUCAGCACGAUAAACUCUUUUGUCCCGCAUUGCCCGCGGAGAAAGUUGAGGCAAUAUGCAAAUUGGGCUAUGGCUAUGUGAAUAAAAUUUUCCUCGAGUACGCUAAACCAUUUUGGGUGUGGCGCGAGGGAGGAAUUCGCUUUGCAUGGUCUGCUGAUGAAUUGUCCGAUCGAAGUGAUUGGGUUAAAGGAAUAUCAAAUGUGGAGGAAAUUGCGAGUUCGCAGCACGUUCUUUGCGCGUGGGUUUGUGGAAAGGAAGCGGCGGAUAUGGAAUUAUGUUCAGACGAGCAGGUGGUGAAUUCGUUAACGCAAGUGCUGAGAAAAUUCACUGGAGAUCCAACCCUUCCGUAUCCGACUAAUCUUCUCAGGAGUAGAUGGUGUAUGGACCAACAUUUUGCCGGAUCGUACAGUUAUAUGGCAUUGGACAGCAAAGUCGGACAUCAAUGUGAUCUCGCUUCUCCUCUCCCAGGAGCUUGCGAGCCAGUUGCUCCAAUUUUGCUGUUUGCCGGGGAAGCAACAAUUCCAGGACACUAUAGCACAGUGCAUGGGGCGAGAUUAAGUGGUAUUCGUGAAGCAGAAAGAAUAGUUCAAUUAACGAAACGUUAUGGUGGUCCACCGGGAAAUUUAGCCGAAGCAACAGCAUCAACUUGUUCUUAAAAAUCCACGAAAUUUCAAUAAUAUUAUGUAAUUAUUUCUCCUUCCUCUGAAUUUAUUGCUAAAAAAAAAUUUGUUGUUACAAAUAUUUUUCGACAUAAAU